AUGACGAGAAACGAGCUGGAGCCCGCGCGGCCACUCCAGAACUCUGGGGCCCGCAUCAGCAUAUGCAUCACACGAAAGGGUGGGAAUAUCACAACGACCCAGCAAUUGUGGGAAGUAUUGCGAUGGCCUCGUCCUCUGGUAGACGAGACAGAAAGUCGAAGCGAGAAUCGUCCUCGCACCACAACCAGCGUGACCACCCAGAAAUGA